AUGGUUUUAGUAACAGCUGGACCAGCAGAAAUAUUGAGGUCUUCCCAAAAGGAUGAAUUAGCCCUGGGAAAACUUCAAAAACUAUGUGAUGAUGUUUUCUUAAGUUUGUUAGGUCCUCGAUUACUGAUAAAAUAUAAAUCUGUUAUUCAGCGAAUUGGUCAAUUACUGUAUUUUGGCAAUACAACGCUCCUAGGUUUUCAGACUCUUGGUGAAGAAUACACUGGAAUUUUACAAGUUGAUGAUACGUUUCAAUCUGUACCUUCCAUAUUGACUCGUGUCUUGAUGAUUUUACUUCAGUGCUAUGGAUCUGAAUUGUUUAUUCUAUUUAUCAAUGAGUUAGAAAAAAAUACAAAGCAGAAUCAGGAAUUAAAAGCUGAACUUAAAAAGAAAAUUUUGCAAUGGUUAGCCUUGAUAAAAAUAUUGCUUCCAUCUGUUACGCUUUUACAUAAAACUUUAUUUUACUGCAGUUGUGGAACUUACCAUAUCUCAAAGAGAAUAACUGGUGUUAAUUAUGUUUUAAUAAGAUAUUGGUUAAAAGAUAGAAAAUCAUUGUUCGGAUUUAGAGUGCUAGCGAUUAUUAGUGCUAUUAAUUGUAUCUUACACACUUGGCAGUCAGUUUCCGAUUACUAUAAAAAGGAACCCGAAUCGACGUCCAGUGAUGAAAUAGAAACAUUUACCACAUAUGGAACUACAUCUGUUAAGAAAUGUGUAAUGUGCCUUAAUAGGUUAAAAAACCCUACCGCAACAAUGUGCGGCCAUGUUUAUUGUUGGUCCUGUAUUGCCGAAUGGGCUCAAAGUCAAGACAAAUGCCCUGUUUGUAGAGAGAUUGUUAAACCUUCAAGACUUAUUCCUCUCCAUAAUUAU